AUGGCAGCCGGCUCCAACUGGAAACGGCCAUGGGAAGACGAUGAUAAGAGUCGGCAUUACAAUCGCCGGCGAGCAGACUCAGAUUCAGCGAAGCCCCAAGGAAACCUCACUCGCAACCCUCCAUUCUUCUGGCCUGCUCAAGUCAAGGACGAAAGGAAACUUGCUCCAAUCGCCGAAACACUUAGGCCUCCAGCAAACUCUCCACAUGGUGGGCAACAACAGCCGCUUUAUAUGCCGGCGGCAAGGGAAGCAGAAAGGAGUUCUUGGGGAUCGGGCACUCAAUUUUCAGGAUCGCCGAAGCGCCAGAGGAUUCAAAUCGAAGCUGGACGUGGCUUACCUAGUUCCAGACGGCUAUCCGAAAGCGCGCUGAAGAAGCAUACGGCUGGCAUUCCUGCUCUCCCCGCACCUCCGUUGGCCCCGAUCUAUACACCGUUCGUGAACGAGCAUCAAGAAUAUACACGCCCCAAACCGAACGGUAUUAGUCGGUCUGACGAUCGAUUGACUGGAGUUGAUGCUUGGAAUGGCGUCUCGACGGAUUGCAGCACUUGCCGGGAUUUGCACGGGAUUGUCCAGGAGACGUUGACUAGCCUUGUACUCCUGACUACGGAGCUCCAUCAUGGCCGAACCCCUGGGUUGACAGAACUCUCAUCAAAUAAGGUUCCAGACGUAGCUUCUAUCGGGUUGAAAGAGUCCAUGGAGUGGGCUUUGGAGAUACUCACUAGAGCUAUGGUUCUUGCCAAGCGCCCUGCCUUUAAUGCUACAGUGCCUGUCGCCGCUGAUCCUGGCCGUAUCAACAUACUGCCAGGUGUUUCGAACCUUGGACCUUCUCCGUCAGAACUUUCUCGGAGGCGGGUUGAGGGACCUGAGGUUGAAAACGAAGAUUUAUGGAAAGGCAUCCGCUUACUUAACUCUGCGCAUGAUUUCCCUCGCAGCCAGGAAACCCAGACGACGGACGAAAGUUGUCGAAAUAGUUUGGCAGGUGAUCUUCCGUCACUGUCAACUCAUUCUCCGCCGCGAACUUUGUCGUCUUCUGGAUCAGUCUUCAUGAAUCUUCACUCUCCUGUGCAGAGUGCGCCAUUGACUCGAUUACUGCCCUCGCCUUCCUCGCUCAACCUGUCUUCGUCCCAGCCAGCUUCCGGUAGUUCCCCGAACAUAGCCCGUUCAGAUGCUGUACAAGCUGCUCACUUGGGAGAUCUUCAGCAUCAAGUGAGUACCAAGACAUUGGCCCUCCAGACGCUUCAACAAGAGCAUGAUAAUGUGCUUGGUGCACUCUCUCGAUCACGAACUCGCUGCGCGGCUUUGGAAAAGAAAUGCCAGGCUUCUGAAUCCGAGUUCAAUUCGCUAGCUGAAGAGCGCUUGAAGUUGCAGGGCCAGAUUGAGAAUUUGGACUCGCAAAUUGAAGAAUUAAUGAAAAGCCGCGAUGAGGCCAGAAAGCAAAGUGUUGCGAAUGGUGGGCAAUAUAUGAAGAUCAUGGCCAUGGCAGGGAAGCUGGAAGCACAGGGAUCAGCCGACCGACAGAGGUGGAAGUUGAAAGAGGAGGAGUGGGAGAAAGAAAGAUGUAAAUUGAAAGAAGCAAUACGGAAACUUCAAGCCCAGCUCUCCUCUGAGAACCAUGGUCGAGACCAAGAACCCUCUGCUCACAUCGACGCAGCUGGACCCGUUUCUUCUCCUGGUACAAGUGACACGUUUCCAACUGAGUCUCAUGAAUCCGAUACAAAAACACCUGUUACUUCCGUUACUGUUACUUCACCAGACGCAGCCAUAGCGGGCGAUGCCCCAGAGAUCUCGACUAUGUCCACAUCAGAGGAACUUCACGCGGAGAUAUGUAGACUGCGAUCCGUUUGUCGUGGAAUGGAAGCUGCCCUACGAGAUAUACAAGCCGAGACCCGGAGCGUGGAAGCCACCGCGCAGGCAUUCGGGUCUUUAAGCAAAACUAUCAUUGAACGAGUUGAGAGCGCAGUAAAUGCCUGA